AUGAAUAAAGAAGUCUGUAAUCUAGUAAAUUUAAUAUGCGGCCAGCCCAAAUUAAUUGUGAGAGGAUACCUAUUAGUUAAAGAUAAGAGUAUUAAUAGAAGAUACUAUUGGUGCUGUGAAUUUAAAGAUGUUUUUAAUUGCAAAAGAAGAGCAAUAACAGAUUUAGAAAAUGAAGAGUAUGUAUUAAAAAAAUUUAAUGAUCAUAACCAUACAUCCAAUGCAAGCUGUACAGAAGUGAUUCAAACUCUUAAUAAUAUAAAGGAAGUAGCAUCCAAUAGAUUAAAUCAGCCAGUGCAAAUAAUCCAACAUGCAAUGACCAAUAUGUCUCAAGAAUCCUCUCACUUUAUACCUAAUACAGGAGCAAUCCAUAUUAAUAUUUCUGACUACUUGCGUAAAACUAUAAGUGGGAAUCAAUUUUUAGCAAAGGAAAUAGAGUUAGAAGAUGAAAAAAUGCUAAUAUUUUGCAUAAAUUCUAAUCUUAAACAUCUAUAUAAGGCCAGUUACUGGCUAAUGGAUAGUAUAUUCAAAAUAGUACCAUUAUUAUUCUACCAAUUAUACUUAAUUCAUGCAUCAGUAGGCAAAGAUGAAAAUUCUCAUAUUUUUCUAAUGGUCUAUGUGUUAAUGACAAGUAGAUCUGAGGAAAUAUAUAAAAGAUUAUUUGAAGAAAUUGUAGUUUUAGGUGAACAAGCCAGUUAUGAUUUAUUACCAAAUGUAAUUAUCACUGACUUUGAACAGACUAAUUUAUGGAGAAAAAUACAAGCAAAAGAAUUGGCAACUGAAUAUGGUAACAAUCAGAAUUUCAGCAUCAAUUUGCAUUAUAUUAUGAUACUUGCUUUUUUAUCACCUGAAGAAAUACUAGCUGCGUUUGAUCAAGUUAAACACAUAAUACCUGAAAAUUCUGCGAAAAUCUGUUCUAUAGAUGAUCUUGUUGAACUUGACUAUCCUAGAACUCAAAUAUUAUUGAAGAAUAGCAUAAUAGAUGGAGUAACUUAA